UUCACAAUCUCAUGCUCAUUUUUGGGGAAGAAUUUUUGAAAAUUAUUGUUCAUUGCAGAAUGAUCGCUCAAGAACACAAGUGUCUAUCUCAUCUCGAUGGGGUGUAAUCAUGAAAUGUUGUAACAAAUUUCGUGGGUGUCUAGCGCAAGUCGAAAAUCUACAUCCAAGUGGGGCGUCACAAGUUGAUAUAAUGCUUCAAGCAAAACUGUUAUACCAUCAAGAUGAAAACAAAAAUUUUCUUUUUGAACAUUGUUGGCCAAUCUUGCAAAACAAUAUCAGGUGGCAAGAUGUAACUCCUACGAACACGGUGAAGUCAAGAAUACAUACAUCGUUUUCCCCUAAUUCAACCCCUGAUGCCCCUAUGGAUAACUGCAUUUCUCUUGAAGAUGACACCAGUCCAAGUGUUGGUAACAAUCCAACUGUCGAUGAGGGCAGUGUCUCUGAAAGGGGUAAAAGGCCGAUGGGUAGGAAAUCUGCAAAAGAAUUAUUUCGGAAAAAUCAAGUCGCUCAAGCUGAAGUUCAAAAAAUGGGCACACAAUUGGACACAUUUAACCAAUACCUUGCUGAGAAGGAAAAGAAAAAAGAUAAAAGAGAACAAAAAAGGAUUGAAGCACUGCAGGAGAUGAAAGAACUUGAGAUGAAAAAACAUGAAUUUGAGAUCAGAAAACAAGAACAUGAGAUGAAAAAGGAAGAACAUAUAAUAAUGACUACGGAUAUUUCUCAUUUGGACCCUCAGAUGAAAGCGUAUUACACAAUGCGAAAAAAUGAGAUUUUCGCCAAGUGGUCCUCAAAUGUGAGCAGCCCACAUUUUUAUUUCCCCUUACCUCCUGAUGAAUAAUUAUAGGAUAAAUGUUAGUCUUUAUUUUUUGCAAUAUCAUUUAUUUUUUAAUGUAAUUUUUAGUCUUUAUUUGCAAUGUAAUUUUUAUUUUGU